AUAAUCUACUUGUGGCUGUAAUUGUCGUCUCGUCCUUUUCAAAGAUCAUGAUUUCAACCUGGUAGGUAAUUGCAUUGACUGCUACGUACGUAAAUAAUUACGAACGAAAGGCUGGCACCAAAACAAGGAACGCCUUGAUAGGGACAUGGUUACACGGCAUUCGAGCUCGUCAACUUAACUUUAUUCAGGUUGUAACACUUUAUGUUCAAACAUUUCAAGUCGUUUUUGUGAGUGUUCUGCACCAAAACAUCGCCAGAGAGUCCAGAUUCAUCCACAGAGCUGAGAUGAAGGUGGCAGCAUUGCUGAUAUAUGUUAUGACGGUGUGGCUGUUGUCAUUGGUGACGCCAUCACAAACUGUUAAGUAUGCGUACAGCACGGUGAAAGAUCCGGUGUGCACGACAGGUUUGCUGUCGGGAGCAGAACUUCUGAGUCGUGGCAAGACGCGAACCAAGCUGGAACACCGGGUGCAGUCGCUAAACAAGGAGAAAGACAUGCUUAUUCAACGAGUUUGCAAAGCCGCGAGUACCACAGAUACCCCGACAGGAACCCUAAGUAAGAUCUCAACAGUCGAUGACUUGGUGGCCAGUAUCGUGUCUAUCGUGGAGAAUGACAUAGAGGGAACUUCGGCUGGUACAGGUAGGUAUGCACUACUCUCCAAGCAGAGGUUAGGCUCAGGAU